AUGGCUACCACUACAGAAGUUCCUAGCAACGGCUCUCCUCGUUCAAACCCCCAAAUACAACCAUGUCGUUACAAGGUGGGAAAGACGUUAGGAGCGGGUUCAUAUUCUGUGGUAAAGGAGUGUGUUCACAUUGACACCGGUCGCUACUAUGCUGCCAAGGUCAUUAACAAAAGGCUCAUGGCCGGUCGAGAACAUAUGGUACGAAAUGAGAUAGCCGUACUAAAGAAGGUUUCCAUGGGCCACCAAAAUAUUCUGACACUUGUCGACUACUUUGAGACAAUGAACAACCUCUACCUCGUGACUGACCUCGCGCUCGGGGGCGAGCUCUUUGAUAGGAUCUGCCGCAAAGGGUCGUACUACGAGUCCGACGCCGCCGAUCUCAUCCGUGCUACUCUCUCCGCUGUCGCCUAUCUCCACGACCAUGGUAUCGUGCAUCGUGAUCUCAAGCCAGAGAACCUCCUAUUCCGCACACCCGAAGACAAUGCCGACCUACUUAUUGCCGAUUUCGGCUUGUCGCGCAUCAUGGACGAGGAGCAGUUUCAUGUCCUAACCACGACUUGCGGUACACCCGGAUACAUGGCGCCCGAAAUCUUCAAGAAAACGGGUCACGGCAAGCCCGUCGAUAUAUGGGCCAUGGGCGUUAUCACGUACUUUCUUCUGUGCGGCUAUACACCCUUUGACCGCGACAGCGACUUUGAAGAGAUGCAGGCAAUUUUGAAUGCCGACUACAGCUUUCAGCCGGCGGAAUACUGGCGCGGCGUGAGUGAGCAUGCGAAGGAUUUCAUUCGCCGUUGCCUCACCGUUGACCCUAACUCGCGCAUGACGGCACAUGAGGCCCUAUCCCACGCGUUUGUCGCCGGUUACAACUUGGGCGGCGAAGGCGACAGAGGUCAAAACUUGCUGCCAACGGUCAAGAAGAACUUUAACGCACGCAAGACACUUCAUGCGGCUAUCGAUACGGUGAGGGCUAUCAAUAAGUUACGGGAAGGUCAGGCAAACGCUCAUCUCAUGGACGGGGUACAAUCGACGGAGCCUGGACGAGGCGCUCCGCCACUAGACAAGGCCGAAGCGACGAAGGGCGACUCGGGGUACGCAAGCGCACAGAAUGGCGACGUGGAGAUGGGCGGUACAGGCGUACCACCAAGCUUGCGGCCCGGUGCGGCAGUGAACCGAGUCGUCGAGACGUCCAAGGGGCUAUGGACAGCUAGCCAGCCAAAGCGGUGA